AUGCCCCGCAUGUCGGUGAUCCAGUCUUCCCAGUUGCUGGCCAACGUCCAGACGUCGCCCCAUUUGCGCAGCAGCCGGAUGUUCUGCAGACUGAUCUCCUUGAACUCGUCGCGCAGCGCGUCGCUUUCGGACACCAGGUGCGUCUCCAGCACCGUUGGCGGGAACGCAGCAAAAUACAGCGCUGUUCCCGCGUUGGUGAAGAUCUCGAACCCGGUGAACGGAGCAACAACCAUCAAUCCGAGCGACGAAAGCGUGUUUAUGAGACUCGAGCUCUUGCGGAUCGCAUCCAGCAGCUUUCUGGUGGACCCAGCCCACCAUCCUUUGGCCAGCAGCUCGGGACUCAGGAAGAAGUACUCCCGAUUCAGGAAAACACGGCUCAGGAACAAGAUCGAAUGGAGAUACCCAAACGAGCCAGCCGAAUGCUCAGAGAUUUGCGUCACCAGAUUGGCCGGAUCGUAUUUCAGACUGCUUGGCAGAUUGGCUUCCAAAUUGUUCAAAUCGCGCGACAAUUGGAAAUACGUCGAGUCUUCCGUCCAUGGGUCCUUGGAUUCUGCUCUUGCGCCUCCCUCGCCGGCCCAUUUGGCGAUCUUGGCCCAGAUCUCAAACGCCAGGAUUGUGAAACAACAAGCAGUCAGAUUCUCUGGGCCGGGGAUUUCUCCAUCGUUAUCAACACAUCUCUGCAACUCCUGGUAG